CUUCUCACCAACGUCCAUGGGGCUCAUCAAUGACCGCAGACACAGACGAGGAGGAAGAGAGGGAAGCACAAGAGCUCACAUUCCUUCUUGAGCAGCGCAGGAGCAUCGCGCUCGCCCGAGAAAGCAAUGCGAGCUUGCAAGAGACGCUCGUUGAGACACUCAAGCAAGCUCCUCUGGCUCAGGCGGAAUUGGACGGGAUAGGGGAGCUACUAGACCUGGCUGAUGCCAUGCACUCCUAUGACACAGCGCGGUCCUCCAUAUUACCCAGUCAACCAUUCCUGCAAGCCUCUCUACCACUCUUUCAUGGCUUGGAGAAGGUCACUAGUGUGGCAGCGGAGGUCUCCGACCUGAAAGCUCUCUUGCUCAAUUCGAUAUGGAACAAAGCUGAUGAUCGGUGUCUCGAGGAGGCAGUACUCAAUCAGUGCCGCAGAUUGGCAGCCUAUACGUUCAAAGCAGACAAAAGCUGCCGAGAUCCACUCGCCCUUGUCGCGCAGAUGAGCGAUGAAGAGCUCGCGCUCCUCUCGCUUCCAAAGUACUUGCGUCCCAUGCAAGGUGGUGAUUCAGCCGAUGAAAGUAGCGAAGACGAGUCGGAAGCAGAAGACGCAAAAGGAGAGUCGAGGAAAAGAAAGGCUCCGCAGAGAAUUGACUGGGAUGAAAUCUCUUUGUCACUCUCUGCGGCACCUACAGCCAACGCACACACUGCCGAUGCCUGCCGCACUCGGUGGCUCAUGGUCGCUCGUCCUGGCAUCAACGAUGAGCCAUGGUCCGAAAAGGAGAUCGAGAGGCUCAAAACAUUGGUUGAAAAACAGCUGAAUACUUCUGCAGGCAAUGACCGGCUGGACUGGCAUAAUGUGGCAGACGAAAUUGGGAACGGUCGCCGACCCAUUGACUGCCUCAUUGCCUACCAGCGUCUACCAUUUGUAGUGCGCAGCGCUCCCCAUCUCAGCCUUCCUUCGACAUUCGACCAGAAAGAAGCUUACGAUGACGAGCUGCUUCGACAGGCUUCCAUCUGGGGUCACCAAUGGAGCCUCUUGGCCGAAAAGCUCAAUUACAACCCUUCUACUAUCAUUGACAAAUUCGACACUGCUCUGGAGAGCGAGAAUGAGGCCAGAGAAUGGGACGAGAAUGAGAUUCAGAGACUUCGAGAGGGGAUCGCAAGACAGACAGACCAGGUCAGAUUGCCUCUCCCCACAACUCAGGACGAAGCUUUGCCAGGUUCUUCGCGGUCGAGAUCUCAAGAUCAAGGUCCACUGAUGACCAUAGAAAACCUCAACUUCGAGCGUGUCGCUCGAUACGUAAGGACACGUACGCCCAAAGCCUGUCAAGACCGCUAUGCCAACCUCAUCGCCCCGCCUGCAACCUCUCAAGCCGCCCGUCCUCUCCCAGAACAGCCUUCCUCUACAGGUUGGACACUCUCUGAAGAGAGACAACUCCUCACACUAAGAGAGCAGCACCCAGAAUGGCUUUGGGUGGAGAUUGCUAGAACUCUCACCAAAGGAAGGACAAAAGGAAAGAAGAUCACGGGAACGAUGGCCAUUGAUCGAUGGAUGGAACUGAAAGGUCUGGAGGGCGAUGAAGAGCGUCAGGAGAUCAAGAGGGCGGAUACUCUCAUAAGGGGUGCGCGCGAUAGGAAGAGACAGAGGGAGAAGGACGCUCUGGCUCGAAGUGCUACAGAACAGCGGACGAUGGAGGGGUCUGUAGCAGAGCAGCAGCCAGCGACGAUUCAAUCCCGGGAGGGAGGUGACACGUUCAAUACGCAGCCAGAACCAGCCAAGAAGAAGCGGCGAGGGCAACGACAGACUUAACGCACCCGUCGGCAGGUCACAACGGCGGGAGUACAUGAUACCCAGCCGGCUCGGAGCAGCCGGCAAUAGUCAAUCAGAGACAAUGACACUAGAUGAUCAGUCUGCAAUCUACCCAAUGUGACUUCAUUGCCAACUGGACGAGGCUCUGUAAGGCGUGACGUUACAAAUACAGUGUUUAAGAGGAGGCACAAGGUGUAUGGACAAGGGGGAGAAGGCCGAAGCUUCUGCGUCGGGGGUAUUGGGUGUGAAAGAUAGCGCUGAUUGAUCUUCUAAUCAGAAACCUCCUCUUCGCCGGCCAUUGCUCGAGCAGUGGUCUUGUCCGUACGCUUAGCAUUUGCACCAACGGC